AUGAGCAAGUACCCGCACCUGCUGCAGCCGCUGGAGUUGGGCUUCACGCAGCUCAAGAACCGCGUGCUCAUGGGAUCAAUGCACACGGGACUCGAGGAGGGCCAGUCGCUCACGCGACUGGCCGCUUUUUUCGCCGAAAGAGCCAGAGGCAACGUGGGCCUCAUCGUCACAGGUGGCAUUGCACCGAAUCGAGCGGGUCGGGUCAGUCCCUUGGCUGCAAAACUGACGACACAAGGAGAAGUGAGUGCGCACCGAGAAGUGACAAAAGCGGUGCACGACAACGAUGGCAAGAUUGCAAUGCAGAUUCUGCACAGUGGACGGUAUGGGUAUCACCCGUUCAAUGUGGCUCCAUCUGCGAUCAAGGCACCCAUUGGCUGGUUUACACCUCGAGAGCUAUCGAGUGCAGCCGUGCAAAGCACCAUUCGUGACUACGCGAACUGUGCUGCGCGGGCACGGGAAGCAGGAUAUGAUGGGGUCGAGAUCAUGGGGUCCGAGGGGUACCUGAUCAACCAGUUUAUCGUGGAGCACACGAACACGCGCAAGGACGAAUGGGGUGGACCGUACGAAAACCGCAUCCGCUUUGCGAUUGAAAUCGUAAAGGCUGUGCGUGCUGCAGUGGGCGACGACUUUAUCUUGAUCUUUCGUCUCUCGAUGUUGGACUUGGUCGAAAAAGGCAGUACGUGGGACGAGAUUGUCACGCUCGCCAAGCAGAUUGAAGCUGCAGGGGCUACAAUCAUCAAUACAGGCAUUGGGUGGCAUGAAGCACGCAUUCCGACGAUUGCAACGAGUGUACCGCGUGGUGGAUUUUCGUGGGUGACGCAAAAGAUGAAAGGCGAAGUGUCGAUUCCUCUAAUCACGACGAAUCGCAUCAACAUGCCUGACGUAGCCGAGCAGAUCAUUUCUGAGGGCAGAGCAGACAUGGUGUCCAUGGCCCGGCCAUUUCUUGCCGAUCCAGAGUUUGUGCGAAAGACUGAAGAAGACCGAGUGGACGAGAUCAACACGUGCAUUGGCUGCAACCAAGCGUGUCUCGACCACACAUUCAAAGGCAUAACGGCAAGCUGUCUUGUGAACCCGCGCUCCGGCUACGAGACCGUACUGAACUAUACGCCCACGAAUGACGUUCAGCGCGUGGCUGUGGUGGGCUCCGGUCCAGCUGGGUUGUCAUUCUCAACGACAGCAGCGCUGCGCGGCCAUGAGGUAACGUUAUUCGACCAAGCUGAUGCCAUAGGUGGUCAGUUCAAUAUGGCAAAGGUCGUUCCAGGCAAGGAGGAGUUUUACGAGACGCUUCGCUACUUUGAAAAGCAACUGAAGCUGAAAGGCGUGAACGUGAAACUCGGGCAGCGCGUAGAAGCCGCAGAUUUGAUGUCUGGAGCAUUUGACAAAGUUGUGGUUGCAACGGGCGUGCUCCCGCGUCCCCUGUCGAUCCCGGGAGCGGACCAUCCGAAGGUCCUGAGCUACAUAGAUGUCCUCAAGCACAAGGCAUCUGUUGGGAAAAAGGUGGCUAUCAUUGGUGCGGGCGGCAUUGGCUUUGAUGUGGCCGAAUAUUUGACUCACGAAGGCGAGUCUACCAGCUCUAGCGUCGAUGCGUUUGCUCGUGAGUGGGGCAUUGACACGAGCAAUACAGUCCGUGGUGGUGUAGCAGGUGUCAAACCUAGCAUCCCGCCACCAUCGCGUGAGGUUUACCUGAUGCAGCGGAAGAGUACAAAGCAUGGAAAGGAUCUUGGCAAGACGACGGGCUGGAUCCACAGACUUUCGCUCAAGCACCGCAAUGUGAAGAUGAUAGGUGGUGUGUCGUACGAUAAGGUGGACAAUGCGGGUCUCCACUACACUGACAAGAACGGCAAGAAGCAGCUGCUGGACGUGGACAACGUGGUUGUUUGUGUUGGCCAAGUGCCACUGCGUGAGCUCGAAAAACCAUUGCAGGAAAAAGGCAUCACUGUUUUUCGCAUCGGUGGCGCUGAUGAGGCUGGCGAGCUGGAUGCAAAGCGUGCGAUCGACCAGGGCGCUCGUUUGGCGGCUACUAUUGAAACAGCCAAGCCCGGGGACCCGCUGGAGGCUGCACCUACUUUGUCGGCAAAGGUCUUUGAGUUCUUGUUGAAGUUCCAAAAGUAA